AUGGGGGAGACAAGGAAAGAGGAGGCUGCCACGGUGCCACCUGUCACGACGACGGAAGAUGUGAAGCCGCAGACGCAGCCGGAGGUGGCGAAAGCAGAAAAGGUCAAGGCUGAGGAGCCCGAGACGGAGAAACCCAAGGCAGAAGAGGCAACAGCAGAAAAGACAAAAGAGUCGCCAGCAACACCGGCUGCUACUGCUGCUGCUGCUCCCGCCGCUGCGCCAGCACGACCCGAGGCUGACGCCGAGAUGGAGGAUGUGCCCGAUCCGGACGAGGACGACCUGGACGACCUGGAUGACCUGCUCGACGACUUCUCUGCAGCCAAGAUCGAGACCAAGACGCCGGCCGCACCAGCGGCUGCCGCCCCAUCCAUUCCUGCACCGACACUGCCACCCGGCCUCGAAGGCGACGAGAAUCUGGAGGAACUCCUGAACGACGAUGAUUUUGCAAAGCAGUUGCAAGCAGGCAUGGCCGACUUGAUUGGCGAGAUUGAGAAAUCGCCCGACGUCCAGGCACAGUUUGAGAGCUUAUUUAAGGAGUUUGGCAUCCCACAGCCGACCGACGGCUCAGGCAGCAACAUUGAUCUGGCCGCUGCAGCGGCCGCCGCUACCGGCGCUGCUGCUGCCGAGCACGUUGCUUCCCAACCGAAAGCGAGCGGCCCAGCGUCCACGUCAGCGACGUCCAAACCGUCCGCCGGUCCCUCAUCGUCGUCCGCGUCCGCGUCUGCGUCCGCCUCCACGCCCGCGGCCGACGCCUCGUUCCAAGAAACCAUCCGUCGCACGAUGGAGCGCAUGCAGGCCUCGGGCGACCAGGCGACUGCUGCGGCGGCGGCCGACUCGCAAAGUACCGACGACAUGCUGUCUGAAUUUAUGAAGCAGAUGCAGUCGGGCGGGCUCGCCGGGCCGGGCGGCGAAGAGGACCUGACCAAGAUGCUGAUGGGCAUGAUGGAGGAGCUGACGAACAAGGAGAUUCUGUACGAGCCGAUGAAGGAGCUCAACGACAAGUUCCCGGCGUGGAUGGAGGCGAACCGCAGCACGACGAGCGCCGAGGACCUGAAGCGGUACGAGGAGCAGCAGGUGAUUGUGCGGGAGAUUGUCGAGCGGUUCGAGCAGCCGUCCUACACGGACACGAACCCCGAGGACCGCGAGUACAUUGUGGACCGCAUGCAAAAGAUGCAAGCGGCAGGCUCUCCGCCACCCGAUCUGGUAGGUGACAUGCCGAGUGCGCAGGAGGCACUCUCCGUUCCGGACGAUUCGUGCAACCAGCAAUAA